UCCCUUUCCUCCGUUCGCAGACAAGGGCAAGGCAUCUCUUGAUCUAUCUCUCUUCUAUAUAUCUUCUGCCUUCUGGUCUGUGUCCGUCAUUGUUCGUGUUCUUGGAUCAAAUCGGGAUCGACCGCGGCUGCUACCAUGGAUGAAGAGUACGACGUAAUUGUGUUGGGAACUGGUCUUAAAGAGUGCAUCCUUAGUGGUCUUCUCUCUGUUGAUGGCCUCAAGGUCCUGCAUAUGGAUAGGAAUGACCAUUAUGGAGCAGAGUCUGCGUCGCUCAAUCUCAACCAGCUCUGGCAAAGGUUCAGGGGAAACGAUAAGCCUCCUGCACAUCUGGGUUCUAGUAGGGAUUAUAAUGUGGACAUGAUACCUAAGUUUAUGAUGGCUAACGGCACUCUUGUACGAGUCCUGAUUCAUACUGAUGUAACCAAGUAUUUGUAUUUCAAAGCAGUGGAUGGAAGCUUUGUUUAUAAUAAAGGAAAGGUUCACAAGGUGCCAUCUAAUGACAUGGAGGCACUCAAAUCUCCACUCAUGGGCUUAUUUGAAAAGCGCCGUGCUCGUAGUUUCUUCAUAUAUGUUCAGAAUUAUGAUGAAACCGAUCCCAAAACGCAUGAUGGAAUGGAUUUGACGAGAGUGACAACUAAAGAACUGAUUGCGAAAUUUGGCCUCAAUGAGAACACUGUGGACUUUGUUGGCCAUGCUUUGGCUCUGCAUAGAGAUGAUCGGCAUCUCAAUGAACCUGCGCUAGAAACUGUCAAAAGAAUGAAGCUGUAUGCGGAGUCUCUCGCACGCUUUGGAGGAGGAUCCCCUUACAUUUAUCCGCUGUAUGGACUGGGAGAGCUCCCGCAGGCAUUUGCUCGGCUUAGUGCCGUGUAUGGUGGAACUUACAUGCUUAACAAACCCGAGUGCAAGGUAGAGUUUGAUGAGGAAGGCAAAGUAAUUGGUGUCACUUCAGAAGGGGAAACUGCUAAGUGCAAAAAAGUUGUUUGUGAUCCUUCCUACUUGCCCAACAAGGUCAGGAAGGUUGGCAGGGUCGCGAGAGCAAUUGCAAUUAUGAGCCAUCCAAUUCCAAACACCAAUGAAUCUCCUUCAGUUCAGGUUAUUUUGCCACAGAAGCAGUUGGGUCGCAAAUCAGACAUGUAUCUUUUCUGUUGUUCGUAUUCUCACAAUGUGGCUCCAAAAGGCAAAUUCAUUGCAUUUGUGUCAACCGAUGCAGAGACUGAUCAACCUGAGGUUGAACUUAAGCCAGGAAUUGACCUUCUAGGUCCAGUUGAUGAGAUAUUCUUUGACGUUUAUGACAGAUAUGAGCCAGUCAAUGAACCCUCUCUGGAUAAUUGCUUCAUAUCGACUAGUUAUGAUGCCACCACACACUUCGAGUCAACCGUUGUGGAUGUACUCAACAUGUAUACUUUGAUAACUGGAAAGGUUGUUGAUCUUAGUGUUGACCUGAGUGCCGCAAGUGCCGCAGAAGAAUGAGUUGCACUUACAUUUGUUGCAAAUUAUAAGCUUUGAGUUCCAUGGAAGGUCAAUGUUGCUGAUAAAAUUUGUCAUGUUUUUAUUUGUUGCCUGAAUAAUAGAUUAUGUAAUAUGUAAUGACUUGUUUCGUAAUGUCAUCUGGAGCUCUGCAUGCAUAUGGGUGUUAGACAUCAGACAAUCUGCAAUGGGGUUUAUUUUUUCCGGCCAGUAAUAUCAUGCAUUUGACUGCUGGCUUUUCCAUGAGAACUAGUUAUUACAUGGAACUUGAUGAUGUUCAAUUACGCUUGUUGUGGAGGAACUCAAUGGUCUAGUUUAUGGUU